CUAACCACCUCGUCGUCAUGCCACCUAAGAAGAAGAGGCGCAAGAAUGAAUCAGCUACACCACAAAGCUCUUCCCCUCCUGAGCCAACCACGCCCAAUUUAGAAUCAUGGCCAGGCUGGUGUGAGAUUGAAUCUGAGCCAGCUUUCUUCACCACAAUCCUCAGAGACAUAGGUGUUCGCCAUCUCAGAGUCCACGAGGUCUUUGGCGUUGAUGACGAUGCUCUUGCCAUUUUGCCAAAACCAGUACACGCAGUCAUCUUUUUGUUCAGAUAUCAGGAGGAUGAAACUGCUGAGCAGAGCCAAGAAAAGUCAUGUCCAUCUCACGUCUGGUUCGCCAACCAAUUCUGUGCUUCUUCUCUGAUUCUAACACAUCAAGNNAUUCCUCAAUAUGCUUGUGGAACAGUGGCUUUGCUCAACAUCGUGAACAACAUUCCGAACUUAGAGCUCGGUCAACCUCUAGAGUCCUUCAAAGACUAUACGCAAUCAUUUGAUCCUGUCGCAAGAGGUUAUGCCAUCGACAGCUUUGAUUUUGUUCGCAAGAUACACAACUCUUUUGCGCGGGAUACUGAUAUGCUCAUCGUCGACUCUGCAAUGCACGACCGUAACGACAGAUUGGUCAAGAAGCAAAAGACUGAAGCCGCAACUGCUGCGAGAGUGGCCAAAGCAGCCGAAAAGGCAGCCGAAAGAGCUGCCAAAACAGAAUCAAACACGACCGCAGUAAGAUCUAACCCCUCACGCAGAGCCAGAACCAGCAAAGUGGUGGUUGAAGAAGAGGAGGAGCAAUCAGAAGAAACAGGCUUCCAUUUUGUUGCUUAUAUGCCAAUCGGUGACGACGUCUGGAAGCUCGAUGGUCUCGAUUCGUUCCCGACAACUAUCGGAAAGAUUCCAUUUGCUUCUGGUCGGGACUGGUUGGACGUCGUUCAGACCUCGCUCAGCGUUCGCAUGGCUCAGUACGAGGAAGGCCAGAUUCAGUUCAGCUUGAUGGCCGUGGUACAAGAUCCGGUUAUCGAAGACCGCCGAAUUCUUGCACAGAACGUUUUGUCACUACAGAAAAUUGAACUUCGACUCAACGAAGUAUCUCAGGAUUGGGGCAGUCACGCUUCCCCUGACCGUGAGGAGUCUACGUUGUUUGACGGAAGCGAGGAGUAUGGGUUGACCAACGAGAUAAUUGCCCAGGCUGUUAUACAUGAGAACGUGGCACAGCAGCUGAAAUCCAGCUGCCCCGACAGUCUUCUGAAGGUACGACAAGAAUUGAUGAUCAACCAGGCUGGUUGUCGAGCACAGGUACGCGACUCGCAACAAGCAGAGAUGAUGGACGCAGAAGAGUCCAUGCACCGCAGACAUGAUUAUGGCUCGUUCGUCAAGGCAUGGAUGCAGGCGCUAGUAGACAACGAAGCGCUCAAGCCGUUGUUAGACGAAGAGCUGGGA